CGCCGAAUAUGUGCAUGGUCAGCAUAUGCGUCAGGACCCUGCACUGAUGGAGAAAGGAGUAUGGACGCACCCCUACCUACGCUGUAUGGAUAGAAAGUGGAUUAUAUCUUAUACCGUCAGAGUACCGGCACGACCCAGCGAGCCAAAGAACAGGGUGAAUAGCUUCAUCAGCUUUGAUGUAGACGUGUCCCGGUUGGAUAUUAAUCAGUGUGACGUCACUGGAGGCGGCGCUGACGUCACUGGAGGCACCAGAGGUGGCCAAUCGGAUCAGCUGGAAGUGUUCAGAGGACUGCAUAAAUGUCACGAUACUUCAAAGUGUAUUUUCACGCCGGGCCGCGGCUGGCUGCGCGGAGGAUAUAUCUGCCGCUGUUUGCCGGGUUUUUACGCCCCCGGUGGACAACCGGAGUUUGACGGCAUCAGCGUAGAGGUCGCCUACGAGGAGCGUCUUCAGGAGGGCCGCGGUGGAGGCAGCUCUUACGACAUGCUGUACAUCUGCAAGCCUUGUGCCCCCGGAUGUGUAACAUGCACGUCAGACAGGCCCUGCAUGGCGGCGUACAACUGGGUGUUCAGGAUCGUGCUGUUGACCAUCUCUAUGCUGUGCGUUUUGAUGACUUUCAUUGUCAUCGGCCUCAUAGUGCGUUUCAAGCGUCUCAAAGUCAUCAAAGCGGGAUCACCUAUCUUCCUGACCGUUACCCUGCUGGGAUGUGUUGCAAUGUAUAUGGAGAUGGCGGCCAUUUUCCCCGUGCUGGACACAUACAGCUGUGUGGCCACCAAAUGGACGCGUCACAUGGGAUUCUGCAUCACCUAUUCUGCUCUGCUGCUGAAAACAUGGAGAGUAUCUCUAACUUACCGGGUCAAGUCUGCACACAAGCUGAAGUUGACGGACAAACAGCUACUUCAGUGGCUCUUCCCUAUCCUUCUAAUUAUG